AGCUCCCUGCGCCACCGAAGACCAGAUGCCUCGCCAGGCCGCCUCGCGGUUGGUGGUGGGAGAAGGUGAAGGACCCCCGGGGGCUUCAGGGCCCGUGGCCACCAUGCUCCGCUCCCUGCUGCUUCACUCUCUGAGGCUCUGCGCCCAGACCGCCUCGUGCCUCGUGCUGUUCCCGCGCUUCCUGGGCACGGCCUUCAUGCUCUGGCUUUUAGAUUUCUUGUGCAUCCGCAAGCAUUUCCUGCGCCGUCGCCAUCCUGACCACCCUGAACCCGAAGUAGAGCUCAACAGUGAAGGAGAGGAGGUGCCCCCCGACGACCCACCCAUCUGCGUAUCGGACGACAACCGUCUGUGCACCCUAGCCUCUCUCAAGGCCGUGUGGCAUGGCCAAAAGUUGGAUUUCUUCAAGCAGGCCCACGAGGGUGGCCCUGCGCCUAACUCGGAGGUCAUCCGACCUGAUGGCUUCCAAAGCCAGCGCAUCCUCGACUACGCACAAGGGAGCCGCCCGCUGGUGCUCAAUUUUGGCAGCUGUACCUGACCACCGUUCAUGGCGCGAAUGAGCGCCUUCCAGCGCCUGGUCACCAAGUACCAGCGUGACGUCGACUUCCUCAUCAUCUACAUCGAGGAAGCCCAUCCAUCCGACGGCUGGGUCACCUCAGAUUCGCCCUACACCAUCCCACAGCACCGCAGCCUGGAGGACCGUGUCAGUGCGGCAAGGGUCCUGCAGCAAGGUGCACCUGGCUGUCCUCUGGUCCUGGACACCAUGGCCAACUCCAGCAGUUCCGCAUAUGGUGCCUAUUUUGAGCGCCUCUACGUCAUCCAGAGUGGCACCAUCAUGUACCAGGGAGGCCGUGGCCCCGAUGGGUACCAGGUGUCUGAGCUGCGCACUUGGCUGGAGCGCUAUGAUGAGCAGUUGCACGGUACUAGGCCACGUCAGUUCUAAAUAACCAAGGGACCAGUGACAGACAUUGGCGGGCUGGGUCCUCGGGCCUUCGAAGCCCACAUGCUAGUGCUACAAACGAAGUCAAGAUUGUCGGGGUGCCCAUGACACAGAUGCGCACAGCCACAGAACUCAGAACUGAGUCUGGCUCUCAGCCACCUAAAGACUUAGCAUCCCUAAGACUGCUAUAGUGACUCCCUUUUGUACCUGCUUGGUUUGCUCUCGGGAGCAUCGCUGUGGCUCAAACUGGCAUCUUUGUCCCUGCUGGAGUUUACCUGCUGGACUUUCUCACACUUGCUCCCCAGCGCUCCUCCAGCAACUCCAUAGUCCCCAGCAUCUCACAGAUCAGACUUGUCGGCCACGCCCGCGCGCGCCCUGAGCGCAGCUGGGUUCCAGCAGCGCCACAGGCUCUUGCUAGUUGCCUGGCACCCACCUGUCGCGCGCGCAGGGAGUCCUGCUGCUUUUGUGUUUAUUUCUUGUCCCUGGGUUGGGGGAGGGGUUGGGGAUAGGGGAAGGGUGGGCAGGGUAUUUUCCCCGCCUAGCUUUGGGUGCGCUGGAGCCCGGCUGCUGAUGACGAACCGUCUCUAACUGGGCUUGACCACGGGUCGGCUCUGAAUUGCAGGGGAGCUCUAAAACAGCGCUUAAAGUAAGAGGGGGAGAGUGCUCUGGAUCCCAUGAGGAACCUUCCAAAAUGGGGUGGGAGAGGGACGUGGUAAGGGGUAGGCUUUGGGACCAAAGAAGUGGCUUGAGGCAUUGGCGAGGUUCGCAGGGCCCCAGAGGGAGGCUAGAACUCCUUGGAGAAGGGGGAGGGGGGCUAGUUCGAAGAAAGGGAGAUGGGGGAGAUCCUGGGAGUCCUAGGCAGAGUGUUACGAUUGGGGGCGGGGUAGGGUGGGGGAAUGAAGACCAGUCAGUGAGUGUUGUGUUGGAAACAUUCCUUGUGUAUAAACUUUUAAGCUACAAUAAUAAAGACUUGAAGGAAGUUGUUCUGA